GCUCUUAUUAUGGUGGGAGGGGAAUCCGGAUGCACUUUGCAGUUGAGCGGAUUACUUCCGGUGCGCAGGAGUUGAUGUUGAUCACGUUCCCCUGCUCCACGGAAAGUCUUUGAUUUAUUCGUCCCAGAAAGAUGCGAUAACCAUCUUCAGAUUGUGAUUACAUAUAUUCUGAUUAUAUUUAAUAACCGGAUGACCUGACGCCGUGAAACCGCUUCCGAAAUGUCUUCACUGUGGAGCUUGAGACCGGCGCUGACGUCACUGCUUCAAGCGUCCCAGCAUGCAUCUGCCUGGACGGGUCCCGUCUUCUCCAGGACCAUGGCCACCCUCAACCAGAUGCACCGCCAGGGGAAACCCAAACCGCCUCCCAAGUCUGUCGGCGCCACGUUCGGCCGCCCGCAGCUGAAAGCGGUGGUCCUGAAGACCAUGAUCCGGAAGCCCAAGAAGCCAAACUCCGCCAACAGGAAGUGCGCUCGAGUGCGUCUGUCCAACGGCAAGGAGGCGGUGGCCUUCAUCCCCGGGGAGGGCCACAACCUGCAGGAGCACAACGUGGUGCUGGUGGAGGGGGGGCGGACCCAGGACCUCCCCGGGGUCAAGCUCAAGGUGGUGCGAGGCAAAUAUGACUGUGCUCACGUGGUGAAGAAGAAACAGUAAAGAGAUGGUCAUCAAUAAAUACAUCAAUACACCACAUGGACUAAGUGCUGGAGGUCAAGUCGUGGUUCAGGAGGAUUAUUGUACUAUUACUUUCACGUGUACUUCAUGUUCCUGAAUAAAGUCAUCGAUCCAUAAA